UUUUUUUUGUUUUUUCUUACUUUGAAGCCUUCAAAGCCUCUCUUCUCUUUCGUUCCGAAAACUCAGAAAUUGGACAAAAAUCCCAUUUCUAGGGUUUCCACAGAGAGAGAGAGAGGAUUUCUCAAAUCCACAUCGAGAAUUAUCAAAUCUCGAGCAACGAAUCUCCCCAGAUUGCCAGGGAAACCUCCCAAUUCCAACGAAUUUCCUGUCGAUUCGAAUCUCUUGUGAUCUUUUAGAGGUAUGCAGAGCCAUCUCGUCUGCAAUGGGUGUAGGAGCAUGCUUCUUUACCCUAGAGGAGCCACGAACGUUUGUUGUGCAGUAUGCAGUACAAUAACCUCAGUCCCACCUGGUGGAGUGGAUAUGGGCCAUAUGGCCCAGCUAGUAUGUGGAGGUUGCAGGACAUUGCUAAUGUAUACUCGCGGUGCAACAAGUGUGAGAUGCUCCUGCUGUCAGAUUAUUAAUCUUGCAAGAGCAGUGGAAGGACCAUUCCUAAACUCUUCCAGAUUGAAAGCCAAUCAAUUCGCUCAAGUGAACUGUGGUCAGUGCCAUACAACUCUCAUGUAUCCAUACGGAGCACCAUCAGUCAAAUGUGCAGUAUGUCAUUAUAUUACAAAUGUUGGGAUGAGCAGGGUGCCAAUUCCUGUAAAUAGACCCAAUGGAGCCAUGCCCUCAACUUCAGCACCACUGUCUCAUGCCCACAACCAGACCGUUGUUGUUGAGAACCCUAUGACUGUCGACGAAAGUGGCAAGCUGGUCAGCAAUGUAGUCGUCGGAGUUACAACUGAGAAAAAAUAACGUGAUGACUUCCUGUCUUGAUCCGCUGUAAGAUAUUGUUUCUGUGUAUGUGUAUCGUUUUAAAUUAUGAGAGAGGGCUGGUAUUAUUGCCUGCGUGAGAACUGUUUUGGCUGUGGUUGAACUCUGUCAUAACACAAAGGAAUGGUGACUGUUUACACAGAGAAAAACUGAAUAUCGGAGAUGACCCUUCAUAUCUAAAAGUAAAGGAUUCCAGAGAGGGUGAUGUA